AUGGCUGAGAAGAUUCAAUGCUUGCGGCUUAGUCAAGAGGGAGUGGAGGAUGCCUUCAUUUGGCAACCAAUUAAGUUCGGAAUUUACUCUGUGAAAUCCGGAUACCACUCAGCCGUGACACCAAGCCGCCCUUUGAAUCCUAUCACUGAGCUAAACUGGUACAAAGAUGUAUGGCUGGGGAACUACUCCCAAAAACUGAAGGUGUUCAUCUGGUCGGUGAUUCAACGAGCCCUGCCUUUUGGAGAGAACUUGCAGAGAAGAGGCUUCACCACAAAUGUUUCAUGUAAAAGAUGCGGAGCAACAGAGUCUGUAAUGCAUAUGUUUUUCAACUGUCAAUAUGCACAACAAGUCUGGAACUUAGCCCCUAUCAACAACGCCGCUCACCUAGCGGCACAAGUCAACUUUGAAGGAGCCUUAGUGGGUUCUCGCAACACAAUCUGCCUACCCCCAACAGGAGUAUCGGAGAACGUCUUUCCUUGGAUUUGUUGGCACCUUUGGCUGUCAAGAAAUCAACUGCUUUUCGAAAACAGAGAUAUCUCCCUAGCGGAAACCAUUCUCCGUAGUAUCGCCUCAGCCCGAGAAUGGAUCUCUGCACAAGGAACAAACGCGAUCACUUCUAAGGUCGGAGUGCUCCCAACGGAGAUAGAUCAUCCACCGAUAGGAGACCAGCAACUUACUAGAAGCUUUACGGACGCCGCGUGGAACAAAGAUACCUUCACAGCGGGUCUGGGAUGGAUCUUCUCUGAUCAAUCAGGACAGAUAGGAAGGGGCUCAGAGGUUCAAGAGUUUGUCAGCUCUCCUCUGAUGGCAGAAGCGCUUGCAUGCAGAUCAAUGUUACAUCACGCCAUUACAAGCAAUAUUGAGAACCUUCGGGUUUCCUCGGACAACCAAACGCUAAUCAAAGCAAUAAAAAGCAACCGGCUGGAAAAAGAGAUCUUCGGUGUUGUCUCCGACAUCAAGAGCCUCUCCGCCUGCUUCACUUCUAUCUCUUUAUCUUUUGUCUCUAGUUCAAAAAACGUUGACGCUGAUCGAUUGGCAAAAGCAGUCCUUUAUGAUCCUGCUUCUGCUUCCAUUUCUGUGAUGGGCCUAGGCCUGGGCUGA